GUUCAGGAGCAGCCAAGUACCUACAGCGCACGAGCUCAAAUGUGCGCGUGGUGGAGCGGAAUGCGGAAAACGAAGUGUAUCCGUGUUUGUGUAAUGAACAUCUUAAUAAAGCACACUUUUGUGAGUCAAUACAACGCACUGCUUACUAAUAGGGUUUAACUAAGAAAAUUAAAUGCGCAGAAAGCGUGGACGUUGGGAAUAAAAACGUAAGCAUGACGGCAAAAUAGGGUUGGUCAAAAAUGUUGCUGGGUAAGAAACAGCCCUUUGUUUUUAGUCUUGUGUAAUGAGCAUGAAACCUUCACUAAUUUCAAUUGGAACCGUGGGAAUACGUUUCGUUUAAAGCGCCGAAAUGCAAUAUCAGGUAGAUUGGUAAUAAAAUACGUAAAAUGCGUUCUAUAGCAUUGAUGACAACUCUACUAUACAUUUCAAUGUAAAUGCAUUCAAUAUGUCUUCGAGAUUUUAAUUGGGUAGCGUUCGGAUAUUUUAUCCUGGCUGACGUGGAGAGUAACAAGCUCUGUCCACUAGAGGCGCUGUGACGUUAACACAUUAUUUCCGGGUACCUUCCAAAACAUCCGGUAGCUAUUUUCCAGUGGAGUACAUGGGACUUCGACAUGUACAUACGUCUGUAACAUAUUUCUUUAUAUCCUGUGAUCCACUGUGGUCAAAAUAACCUCGUGGCCUGAUCAGACUGCUUUAGGUGGAGACGAGUUUCCUCAAACUAACUUCUGUCGGUGUUCUCCAGCUGCGGUCAUGAGUGACGGUCAUCCUCUGCGGCCUGUGAGCUCUGCAGCUGAGAUCGACCACCUGCACCUGCUGUCAGAGCAGCUGGGUGCUUUAGUUCCUGGUGAAGAGUACAGCGAUGUCACCUUCAUAGUGGAGGAGAAGCCCUUUCCUGCACACAGAGUCAUUCUAGCAGCCCGCUGCCAGUAUUUUAGAGCUUUGCUAUUUGGGGGACUGAAAGAGUCCUUGCCCCAGGCUGAGGUUCGGUUAGAGGAAACACAUCCUGAGGCUUUUUCCAUGUUGUUGCGGUACCUGUACACAGGCCGAGCCACCUUGAGCGAAGCCAGAGAAGAAACUCUGCUGGAUUUUCUGGGACUGGCGCAUCGCUAUGACCUUCAACCACUUGAGGCCUCCAUUUGCGAGUUCCUCCGCACUUUAUUGAGCACGCGAAAUGUGUGUCUGGUUUUCGAUGUGGCUAGUCUUUAUUGUCUGAGCGGGCUGACUGAGGCGUGCUGUGCUUUUAUGGAUCGAAACGCCAAUGAUGUGCUCAAAUCGGAUGGAUUUCUUGCUCUUUCAAAGUCUGCCCUGAUGACCAUGGUGAGAAGAGAUUCUUUUGCCGCGAGCGAGAGAGAAAUCUUCCAGGCCCUCAGCUGCUGGUGUCACCAGAACGGCGAGGGUCCUGAGGCAAAGGAAGUGAUGUCAGCAGUGCGGCUGCCCCUGAUGACCCUCUCUGAAAUGCUGAAUGUAGUCCGUCCAACGGGACUCCUCAGCCCAGACAACCUGCUGGAUGCCAUACAGACCCGCUCUGAGUGCAGAGACAUGGAUCUCAACUACCGCGGCAUGCUCAUUCCAGAAGAAAACAUUGCCACUAUGAAGCACGGUGCUGUGGUGGUAAAAGGCGAGCUAAAGUCUGCUCUACUGGAUGGAGACACACAGAACUAUGAUCUGGACCACGGCUUCUCAAGGCACCCUAUUGAAGAGGAGGGACGAGCAGCAGGCAUCCAGGUCCGCUUGGGACAACCCUCCAUCAUCAACCACAUACGGCUACUGCUGUGGGACAAGGACAGCAGGUCAUACUCGUACUAUAUUGAGGUGUCGAUGGAUGAACUGGACUGGGUUCGUGUUGUGGAUCAUUCCAAGUUUCUGUGUCGCUCCUGGCAACACCUCUAUUUCCCAGCGCGCGUCUGCAGGUUUAUCCGUGUGGUGGGCACACAUAACUCUGUCAACAAAGUCUUUCACUUGGUGGCUCUGGAAUGCAUGUACACAGAGCAGUCUUUCACCCUAGAGAAAGGCCUGCUGGUUCCCACAGAGAACGUGGCGACCGUACAGGCGUGUGCUAGUGUGAUAGAGGGCGUGAGUCGCAGCAGAAACACGCUGCUGAACGGAGACACCAGCCAUUGCGACUGGGACUCGGGGUACACCUGCCACCAGCUGGGCUCUGGAGCCAUCGUCAUCCAGCUGGCACAACCAUACAUGCUGGGCUCGAUGCGAUUGCUGUUGUGGGAUUGUGAUGAUAGAAGCUAUAGCUAUUAUGUGGAACUGUCUACAGAUCAGCAGCACUGGGUGAAAGCCGUCGACCGUACUAAAGUUGCAUGCAGGGCAUGGCAAACUCUGGUGUUUGACAGACAGCCUGCAUCCUUCAUACGAAUCGUAGGAACUCAUAACACAGCUAAUGAGGUGUUUCACUGUGUUCACCUUGAUUGCCCAGCACAGCUGGACACAAUCGUAAAAGAGGGAAGUCCUGGACCGGAUCACCCCAAACCGGACUACAGCACUGAGAAUUCUGUUUCUCAGAACCCGAUCAACCAUAAAUCCCCCUCGUCCUCCUCCUCCUUUCACACAUAGACUGUGGAUGUUUUCUGUGCUGUUCACUUGCCUAAGUUUGACAAAACACACUUGAAGCGCUCGUCUUAUGAGCUUGUUUUCUUAUGUGCUGCUAACUAAAGAAUUCUGUGUAUUUAUGAAAAUGAUCUAUCGUUAUAUAGUCUAUAUAUAGUAAUAACUUGAUGGUGAGGUAAUUGACUGUCACGCACAUCUAUUUUCCUAUGUCCAGAUAGCUGCAAGACCAUCAAAUAAAUUUAAAUGUCACUUA